AUGUUUACAAUAUCCUUUCGGUUUUCGGUUGCAGAUAUCGGCUAAAGAUAUUUUUAGAGCAAACAGCUGAUUGCGUUCGCUUAAGCAGGACUAUAAUUGUAAAAUAUUCUUAACAAAGGGAAUCGGAAAUUUUUGUGUUAGUGACAAGAUUGUUUGGCCAAUCGACGAGAUAGUACGUUCCCGGUUUUUACCAUGGUGAAGUAGGCAUUUAAGAAGGUAAUUGACCUUACUAGGGGUCAUUUGCCAAGGACCGGUGACCGGAAGUUUGGCAUCUCAAGGACGUUCUUCUAGUCAACAACUUGAUCUCUUGAACUUUUUAGAAAGAAAAGUACAAAAACACGAAAAGCGACAAAAUGUCGGAAACAGAAGCCAGAAAUGGACAUCAUGAAAACGGAAAAAUGAAAAAUGGCGGCCAUAAUCGGAGACAAUCGGAAAUUUCCGACAUUUCCGAAGACGAUAUUAGUAAUCUGAUCCCAACCCCGCCGGACGGGGGAUGGGGAUGGGUGAUAGUGGCCUCUUCAUUGUUUUGUAACAUUAUUGUUGAUGGGAUAGGGUACUCGUUUGGUAUCUUUCUUCCUGAAUUUGUCAAUUUCUUUGGCGAAACUCGGAGCAAAGUAUCCCUAAUUGGUUCACUUCUCUGCGGAACAUAUUUAUGUGCGGGUCCAAUUGUUAGUGCACUGACAAACAAGUUCGGUUGUCGUCCUGUUGCCAUGACUGGUAGUGUUAUAUCAACUGUAGCGUUUCUCCUGGCGACGUUUUCACCAAAUAUUGACAUCCUUAUUAUAACUUACGGCGUCAUGGGAGGAUUUGGCUUUGGCAUGAUUUACUUGCCCUCAAUUGUUAGCGUUGGUUACUACUUCGAGAAAAAACGCGCCAUUGCCACAGGGAUUGCCGUCUGCGGAUCUGGUGUUGGGACGUUCAUAUUUGCUCCUCUUACAAAGUUUCUGUUAGACGAAUUCGAUUGGAAAAAUGCUCUUUUUGUUUUGGCCGGUAUUGUGUUCAACGGCUGCGUUUGUGGAGCACUUAUGCGCCCUCUGGAGGCCCCAAAAAGCCUGAAAGUAAAACCGAAACCUAGGGAGAAAAAUGUAUUAGAUAGAAUCAAGGAAGAAGCUAAGAAGAAAGGUCGCAUGACGUUUACUUCGGAGUCAUCUGGCAUUGGUCCUACAGAUACAACUGACAUUCUUGAAAAGGUUAGACAAGCAAAGCUCAAAAGAGAACAGAUAUUGCAAGAAAACGAGUCGGAAAUUUGCUCACUUCCCAGUACUUACUUCGAAAAAGAUAAGAAUAUUCAAAGGCAGGAUAGCAGAUCUAGUGGAACAAGACCGAGGAUUGCCAAAUUGUCAUUUUCAGAUCGAGGCGAUACUGCUUCUCGAACUGAAACGCCGACGCGCACUCCAAAAAUUAUCAUUGAUGGAAGCGAGCUGGGUUCCGGCUCUAUAGCUGUAUCUGAACAAGACGGUGAAUGGUCACCCACGUCAUCGCCUGUGCGCACAGUAAGCACGGAACCAGGACAAACUUCGGAAUCGCCAACAAAGAAGCGUCUUUCUACACUGAGCGAUGACAGUCAGAAGAAGGCUGACAAAUUUAUAUUGCCAAAUGGAGUUCAGGGCUAUGAGGUGCAACCGUUGAUAAAAGUCGGAAAUGGCGGCGUGCAAGAAAAGAAGAAGAACGUCGCUCAGCACAUACUUGCGCGGUCUGGAGCGGUUGCUGCUGGAGGGAGCAAACAUCUUCUUGGUGCGUCAAUGAGAAGCAUUUCAAGCAAGGACUAUUCUAGGCCAAUGUAUAAAAAAGACAUUUUCUACAGUGGUAGUAUAGCUAAUAUAAAUGAGUACCGAUCGCAACCGGAUAUGCAUAGUUACAUUACAAGUAUAACGAGUAUCCCGGGUGACGUCGGCGUGUACGAGCAUCGUGGUGAUACGAAGUUCCAUAAAAUUUGCAGUUGUCUUCCGAAGCCGGUGGUGGACGUCCUGUCAGAAAUGUUGGACGUAUCUCUCUUGACCAACGCUGGCUUCAUGUGCAUUUGUCUAGGCAAUAUCUUCGCAAUGAUUGGGUUCUAUGUGCCUUAUGUCUACAUAGUGGACCGAGCACUUAUGGCGGGCAUUGACAAAACGGAUGCUUCUUUCUUAUUAUCUGUGAUAGGUAUAACCAACACUAUUGGGCGAAUUAUAUCCGGUGUUCUGGCCGACUUGAAUAGUGUAAACAGCUUGAUGUUGAACAAUGUUGCAAUGCUAAUCGCCGCUGUCUGCAUUUUCCUGACGCCAUUUUGUAAUACGUAUCCAUUAUUGGUAAUUGCGGCUCUAGUGUUCGGUUUAACUACAGCUGCAUAUAUUUCACUUACAUCGAUAAUCAUAUGUGAUCUCUUGGGAUUGGAGAAAUUGACAAAUGCGUUUGGUUUAUUGACGUUAGCCAGAGGCGUGUCCUCGGCUCUCGGGCCACCACUCGCAGCGGCGUUUAUUUCACUCACUUCCAUCAUUCUGUGCGAGUUACUAGGCCUUGGUAAAUUGACUAAUGCUUUUGGUCUUUUAUCAAUGGGGCGCGGCAUUGCCGGGAUCAUUGGCCCCCCAAUGGCAGGUGCUGUAUUUCAAAGUACGGGCAAUUACGACGCCUCAUUUUACCUCGGAGGCGGCCUUUUCCUAUUGGGAACGCUGCUGCACUUUGUUCUGUUCUUGCCAUGUAUGAAGAAGAAAGAAGAAGAAUUUGAGAUAAACUUACCGGACGAACAAGAACUGGAAACAAUCGUUCCCAGACCGGAACCGGAAAAACCUAUUCGGAUUGAAGUCUGAACAGCUGUGAUCGUUGAAUAGAGACAGUAUCGGAGAAUCAAAAUUCAAAAUGAGAUAUCAACUAGUUUGUAAUGAUAAAAAAAUCACCUGACAUUUGGAGUAGAGUUGCUUUUGUAGCUGAACGAAAUGAAUAUAAAUUACUACUACAAAGGUUGGUAACUGUUGAUAAAAAUUUGAGCGCCAUGAAGAUUAACUCCAUUUGCUUCAAUAUCAGUGUUAGUGCCAGCAUACGUUCGUGAAAAUUCGGCUUAUUUCGGUACUUUCCGUUAUAUAACUAAGUAGGCGCCGAUUAGACCAUGAGCAGGCCAACUUGGCGCUUUCUCAAAUAAACGUAAGCUACGGAAAGUACCGAAAUUUGCCGCAUUCACACGAUGUUUCUAGACAAAUAGAACAUGCAUCACACUUUAUAAAGCAUCUAUCUUCCGAGCUAUCAUUAGAUGAACUUUGUUUAGCUUUCCGGUGUUUGUCUAUACAUGUGAUUAAAUGGUGCUUUUUGCUUGAAUUUUCAUGUUUCAUUGAAUUAAAAUAUGUAAGUUGUUGAUAUUUUUAAUGGAAAAAUAGAUGUCUGUUUUUGAUUUUGUUAAGAAAUAAUAAGACGAAUGUGUUGAAGUCACUAUAAUAUUGUGUUAUACAUUUGUAUAUUUUUUCAGAUGGUCUCUUUUUGUGUAUAUAUAUAUUUUAUUCAUAUAUUUACAUGUUUUAAUCUAUUUUGUUGACGUUUAUGAUAUUUUUGCUCAUGUAAUUCAUUAUUAUAGUAUUGUUGACAUGUUCUUUUUUAUGUUCAAUGUUGCAUUUU